AUGAAAAUCGUUCUUCUGAUCGUUCUUUUCACGAUUAUCUAUCGUUAUUCAAAAUGUGAUAUUGUUACUCAAUUAAAAAAUUUCGAUUCAAAUUUGAACUCUAUAAAUGCAAGAGCAUUUGGCAAUUCAACAUUAGCAGCAUACGGUGCAAUGGUUGGCAUAGCAUCAACUAAUGUACCAGCCUAUUCGAAUGGAAAUGAUAGCUAUAUAUCCAACGAACCCAACUAUCUUUAUAAUAUAUAUACUGGAAUGAGAUGGCAAUGUGUUGAAUAUGCACGUCGAUGGCUUUUCAUACGUAAAGGUUGUGUUUUUGAUAGUGUUGACGCAGCCAACGAUAUGUGGAGUCAAAUUUUUAAAGUUCAACGAGUUGUCGAUGGAAAAUGUUUUUCUCUAAAACAAUAUCAAAAUGGUUCAACGAGUCCACCGAAAAAUGAAUCAUUGCUCAUCUAUAGUCUUGGUCAAGAUAUGCCAUUUGGACAUGUUGCUGUUAUAGUCGAUGUUUUAAAGGAUUCUAUUCGUGUUGCUGAACAAAAUUAUCAUGCAUAUUAUUGGUCGGGUAAUUAUUCUCGACAAAUUCCAUAUGUAGUGAAGAAUGGUAAUUACUAUAUUAUGGAUAGUUAUAAGAUUUAUGGUUGGAUGUCAGUUGAAGAUAAUAAUCAAAAUUAUCCAUUGAAUCAAUCGACAAUAAAUAAAAUCAUGGAAAAAAAUAUAUCGUUUCCCAAUUUUAUUUGUUCAAAAAGUGUCACGUUCAAUCAAUUGAAACCAAUUGUUUCGCAUCAUAAUGAUAUUCGUUUUUGGGGCAAAGAAGUAGCACAUGAAUACAUAUCUCAGUUGUAG